GGCUUCCAGUGAAUAUGAAAAAAAUCGUGAGGAUAGAACUGAAAAUAAGAAUGAGAAGGAAGGUUUGGAAAAAAGUCAUCAAAAUCGACGCGGAUGGAGUCUUGUGGUCGUAAAUAACAAAAAACAUAAAGCAAAUGGACCAGAUAACGAUGUUAUUAGUGCAAUUCAAUAUGGCAAUAUCCACUCUGGGGAAGGAGGAAGUGAUGUAAUCACAGGAAAUGGGCCUUAUACAAGAUAUCAGCAAAAAAUUGUACCGUAUAGGGGUUAUGGUGAUUAUUCUGGAGGAGAAAAUAAUAUUAUGUACCAUUUAGAACAUAAUAAUGAAGAUUCACAUGAUAAAGAAAACGUUGGAUCAAGAACGGUAUACCAGUUAGAACACAAUGAUAAACAUUCAGGUCACGAAGAAAGUUUUGGGUCAAAAACAUUUCAAAAACAAAAACUAGAGCCGUUGCAAGUUGAGGAACAAGUGAAGAAACUGUGUGCUAACGCCAAAGCGAACCUUUUGGACUUUUGGAAAGUCGCAGCUGGUUACUUCGGCUUGGAUAAUAAAAACCUGAGUGAUAAACAGAAGAUGGAUUUAUUUCUAACAAUUCUAAGAUCAGUUGACGGUACGAAACAGGCUAAGACUCUUGGCUUGAAACCACAAGAAUCAAAACUGUCACCAAUAGAACCAGUAACUGAAAAUCCCGCAGAUAUUUAUUGGUCAAAUGAUAACAAAGCAGAAAAACAGCAAUACCGGGAACCACCAAACACAGGAGGAUUUGAAGAAAAGGUCGUCUUUAAAGAUCAGCAAGAACCAAGCCAAAAAGAGUCUGGUUUAUAUGGAUUAGAUCUUCAAGAUUUCUCGCUAGUAAAUGAAGAUGCACCAGUUAAACCUAAUUCUGUUUUCGAUGUGGUUUCAAAUGAUAAGCAAAUUUUCAAUAAAAAGGAAGAAGACGGCAGUAAAGAACAUUCUUUAGAUUUCAAUAAAUCUGAAGAAUCAGAACGUGGGUUUGACCCUACAUUAGAACAAGAAGUCUUGAAUGAAAUUGUAAAAACUACUCCAAAACCCGAGUUUGAAUUAGAUCUACAACAUGAUGAUCGACGCACCGAUGAUGAUGAUGCAUUAGUUCAAAUUAAUGAUGAUUCUAAUAUAGAUGUUGAAAAAAGCAGAGAAUAUGUCACUAAACAUAGUCCCAAAUUAGGGACAGACUUUGGAAGUUCACAAAUAGAAAACGAAGAAAUUGAAAACGUUUCAGAUGAAGUAACAGUUGGCCCUUACAUCGAUAAUUAUAACGAUACAUUAUCGUCAAGUGAAUCAAAUGCACCUGUUUCUAAAGAAAAUGUAUCAUCUGAUGUGACGGAAAAUAAUAACGAUUUUGUUGAACAACCAAAAGAAGUCACUGAUUCAGAAGAUGUAAAUAAAGAAUUGAUUGAAUUAACGCAACCUGAUGAAGACAAAACUCCAAGCGAAGAAGUUGCUAAUGCACAUAAAGAUCACGAAUUCGAAAUUUUCGGUUUAGAAGAUUCUGAAGAGACUUCUAAAGUAGGGAAACCUAAUAAAUUAUCAUUGCUGCUCACACUACUAAAAGGACUACCUAAAGACAAAAGAGCUAGAAUACUGUUACUGCUAAAGGCUCUAAAGGCAAAACAUAAAGACGGUAAUCAAGUAGAAAGUCUAGACGAUAUUACUGAUGCAAAUAAUUCUACUGCAGAGUUGGAAUCACUGUUAAAAGGCUUGAAAGGAGAACCUAAGGAUAAAUUAGCAGAAAUAUUGCUACAUUUCAUAGCGAAGAAAAAAGCACAUCCUAAAUUAUUAGUCAAAUAUAAAGUAGCCUUAAAAAGUAAUGGACAGGCUGAAGCUAAUAACGAUUUAUCAGAUCAAAGCGGGUCUGAUGAUUCUGACUCAAAAAAUAAUGAAUCUGAUGAAGUAAAACCUCGUCCGAAACUUCACCUAAAGUGGAAUGUACAUCUCAAACCUACAAAUGAUUUAAAAGGAAUGCUUUUCCAAAUAAUCUCCAAGUUCAAUCAACACGGAAUAUCAGAUGAAGCAUUGCAAGAAAUAAAUUCUGAUCUUGAUAAGGCUCUGACUGAAAACGAUGACGUCAGUGACUGUCAAACCAAGGUACUUAACGAAAAAAUUAAUGAAAUAAAGAAAGGUUUUCAAAAACUAUUGAAACUAAGACAGGAAGGAGAUGCGAGCAGUGAAAAUGAUCAAUAAAUUCAACAAAUAAUUUAGA